GACCCACAUAGUUGCAAGCUUAUAGGAAACAGAAUCCUGAAUCUCGCAGAAGCGGUUCUCGGAUUUGGCAGUGGAAUUCCCAGUUUAAGUUGAAUACUACCUGAGAAUUUAGACAAUUGAGCAUUCGAAGAUGAAGAAACUGUCGGGAAAGACACAGGCCGCCUACGCCUCGAGUCAGGAGGACAGUGAGAACGACAGUGACGAGACCGAGUGCAGCAUUGGCAGCAAUUCGACCGCUGGUACUCACCGAAGCGACACUCCAACGCGAACCGCUCGUCACAAGAAAAAGGGUCGUCGCAGGAGUAAAACAGGUAAAAGCAAAGUUUGCACUGACAAGCCCCUCUACAAAUACUGCUCCAGUUUCAAGGAGGACCACGGCCAGCCCCUGUUUGGCGUGCAAUUCAACCAUCACUUGAAGGAGGGCGAGCCAAUGAUAUUCGCCUCGGUCGGCAGUAAUCGGGUCAGCAUCUACGAGUGUCCCCAGGGCAGUGGAAUAAGAUUGCGUCAGUGCUAUGCCGACCCGGACACCGAGGAGAAUUUCUACACAUGCGCCUGGACGUACGACGACUCGGGCAAGCCUCUACUGGCCGUCGCUGGCUCGAGAGGAGUCGUCCGGGUCAUCAGUCCCGCGACAAUGACCUGCAUCAAGCACUACAUUGGCCACGGCCACGCGAUAAACGAGCUCAAGGUGCAUCCGCGCGACCCAAAUAUUCUACUCUCCGCCUCCAAAGAUCACGCCCUGCGACUCUGGAACAUCAAGACGGACGUCUGUGUGGCGAUCUUUGGCGGUGUCGAGGGUCACCGGGACGAGGUGUUGAGCGCCGAUUUUGACAUGAGGGGCCAGCGAAUCAUCUCCUGCGGGAUGGAUCAUGCCUUGAAGCUCUGGUCGCUCGAGAAAUCGGACAUGCAGGAUGCCAUCAAACAGUCGUACUAUUGCAAUCCGGCUCGCAAUGGUCGGCCCUUUGAUUCAAUUCUCCAGCACUUUCCCGAUUUCACGACGCGCGACGUGCACCGGAAUUAUGUCGACUGUGUCAAGUGGUUUGGCGAUUUCAUUCUGAGCAAGUCGUGCGAGAAUUGUAUUGUUUGCUGGAAGCCGGGACGACUGGAGGACACACAGUUGAGAAAUGGGGAGACGAGUGCCACGGUUCUCCACCGAUUUGAGUUCAAAGAGUGUGACAUCUGGUUCAUCCGAUUCUCCAUGGACUUUUGGCAGCGGACAAUUGCCCUGGGCAAUCAGGUGGGUCGGACCUAUGUCUGGGACCUCGAGGUGGAUGAACCGGGCCAGGCUCGUUGCUCGUCGCUUCAGCAUCCAAGGUGCACGGCUCCCAUUCGUCAGACGAGUCUCAGCAGGGAUGGUUCGGUCUUGCUCUGUGUCUGUGAUGAUGCAACGAUCUGGAGGUGGAAUCGUGAUCAUUGACAGAGUUGACUUUUUACACUCCGAUCAUUAUUUUUAUUUUAUUUUAUAUAUUCGGAAGUUUCGAAUAACAAGAAAAAGAAAAGGACAGAGGCCGCAUAUAUUUUCUGCAGAAAUAUAUAUAUAUAUUAUUAUUUUUUUUUUUUGCUUUCAGUCAGGGUGUUUACUUUGUCGGGAAUUUUAUUGUAGUAAAGUGCAUAAUAAAACGGGUUUUUGAUCAUCCAAA